CCAUGCUCGCCCGUGCGUCGCCGGUCGCGCCGUCGACGCUCCGCGCGAAGACGCGCAAACAGACGUUCUCGACGACUUCCGCGCGCGUCGCGCGCCGUUUCGACAGCAUCAUCGACGAAACGCUCGCAGAAAUGGCGACGGAUGACGAGUUUCAGACAGCCAAGACGCGGCUGGAAACGCUCGGACAAAAAGCGCUGACGAAGGAAGAGCGCGCGCGACGACGACGGGCGCUGGACACGAUCGGGGUGCCGUCGUUCGAGUCGUAUCUCGAGACGCGAGGGGGGAAGGCGCUGAUUCGCGAGCCGACGACGAUUUUACAAGUAAACAUUGGGUUGUAUUGUAACCAGGCGUGCGCGCACUGUCACGUGGAAUCGUCGCCGUUGCGCACGACGGAGGUGAUGGAUGCGGCGACGGCGCAAGCCGUGGUGCGCGUGCUGAAAAAUUCUUCGAACGUGAAGACGUUGGAUCUCACUGGGGGGGCGCCCGAGUUGCACGAGCAGUUUAGAUUUCUCGUUCGCGAGGCGAGGGCGCUCGGCGUCGACGUCAUCGACAGGUGCAACUUGACGGUGCUGUACGAGGAGGGGCAGGAGGAUUUGCCACAGUUUUUGGCAGAAAAUAAGGUCAAAGUAGUCGCUUCGUUACCAUGUUACAGCGAGGCGAACACGGACGCGCAGCGAGGAAAAGGGGUGUUCGAAAGAUCCAUCGCGGCGUUGCGCGACUUGAACGCCGUCGGAUACGGGGUCGAAGGCUCGGGGCUCGAGCUCGAUCUCAUGUAUAAUCCUGGAGGAGCAUUCUUGCCACCGGCGCAAGAAAACCUAGAGGUGGCGUACCGCAGCGAGUUGAGAGAUACUUGGGGCGUGGAAUUCUCGCGAUUGUUCACGUUGACGAACAUGCCCAUCAAGCGCUUUGCCGAUUAUUUGCAUCGCGAGGGCAAGACGAGCGAGUACAUGAGUUUACUCGUCGAAAAUUUCAACGUUGCGGCUUCGGUGGGGGUAAUGUGCCGUGAUCUGAUCAGCGUGUCUUGGGAUGGAACGCUGUACGACUGCGACUUCAACCAACAACUCGACAUGCCGGUGCGCGAUGAGAAGAAGACAAUUUUCGAUCUCGACUCGUGCGACGACUUGGUCGGCUCGCGCAUCGUCGCGGACAACCAUUGUUUCGGCUGCACCGCGGGCUCGGGGUCUUCGUGUUCGGGGGCGACGAUUUGAUUUCAUCUGUUCGCUUGCUUGUAG